CGCUGCUGAGUAACUGCGAAGACAGUGAUGAGUUCCGAAGAGAGAAAAUACAAUGCGCUAAGCAAAGAACCAUAUCCAGAUAACGUUAAAACCAGUUUUGAUAGUGUCAAAGACGCAGUCGAGGCUUACAAAAAUGGUGAAUUCGUGAUAGUCAUGGAUGAUGAAGGGAGAGAGAACGAAGGUGAUCUGGUCAUACCAGCCUGUGGUAUUACAGCAGAACAGAUGGCCUGGAUGAUAAAAUGGACGAGCGGUUAUAUUUGCAUUUCCUUAGAAGAAGAACGUCUCAGGGAGCUUGACAUACCGAUGAUGACUGGAGAGAAUACAGAAAAACAUAGAACAGCCUACACAGUCACCGUGGAUUAUCUCCGGGGAGUAACGACAGGUAUAUCAGCAGCUGAUAGAGCGCUUACUGCACGAAUGUUAUCACCUUCAUCCGGUGCUGUCGCUAGUGAUUUCAAUAGACCGGGACAUAUGGUUCCUUUGCGUUAUCAUGCCGGCGGAACAACACAGAGGGAAGGCCACACGGAAUCUGCAACCGAUUUGGCUAUCCUUGCCGGAUUGCCACCUGCAGGAUUACUCUGUGAGAUUGUCAACCCUGACGCUCCAGAUGGUAGUAUGGCACGCCUCGACGAUUGCUUCAAGUUCGCAGGAAGAUGGGACAUUCCAAUUAUAACGGUUAAGAUGAUUAAACAAGCUAUAGAGAAUCGUUCUUUAUGAGUUUUUAAGGAUUUUUGUAUAAUAGAUUUCCCUUGCUUAUGAUUAU